UAACCCGAUCCGACACGUAUAUUCAGAAGUCGCCAGAGGGAUCGAUCGGUUGGUCAAACGUAGCCGUCAAAAUUUGAACACAGAAUCUCUACGUACAUUCACUCUAGUCUGGUUUUCGUUGUCGUCUCCAACCACCAGUUCAAGCUUAGAGCCUUUUAACUGUUACUCAUCAAUGGUUGCAGUUAAAUUCGUGGUGAAUUCUGUUUGUUCUAAACAUUUAAACCUAUCAAUUCAAAUAAAACAAUAAUAAAUUUGAUUCAAUUAUUUAAUUCGAUUAUUUGCAGAUCCGUUUGACUUCCUUUUUACGUUUCAAUUGUUGAAUUAGAAGAAGGCUUUAGCGUUUGACUUCUGUUUCGAUAUUUUCAUGGGUUUGGAUUUCAGCAAAGAGAUGGAUAUAACGGAGGUGUCGUUAAUUCAUCAUGUAGCGAUUGUGCUUAUUUUGAUUUGGAUCUUGUCUUCGUUCAGUUGGUGUCAUCCAAUCGUUUACUUCAUAUGUUUGAUUUAUCUCUAUCAGGUUCAUGAACUUUAUACUCUGAGGUUGCGGAGGAAAUUACAAUUUGAGGAACGAAAGCAAGCAAGUCAGAAAAGGGUCCUUUCUGAUGCAGAAACAGUGAGGUGGUUGAACCAUGCAAUAGAGAAAAUCUGGCCUAUAUGCAUGGAGCAGAUUGCAUCACAGAAACUACUCCUUCCUAUCAUACCUUGGUUCUUGGAGAAGUACAAACCGUGGACUGCUAAGGAAGCAAUGGUUCAGCACCUUUACUUGGGAAGGAACCCACCUAGGUUGACAGAUAUUAGGGUUCUUCGCCAAUGUGGUGAUGGUGAUCACUUGGUACUGGAGUUGGGAAUGAAUUUUCUGUCUGGGAAUGAUAUGAGUGGGAUAUUUUCUGUGAAGCUGAGGAAAACGCUAGGAUUUGGCAUUAGAGCUAAGUUGCAUGUGACGGGCAUGCAUGUUGAAGGGAAGGUCUUGGUUGGGGUGAAGUUCCUCCGUGAGUGGCCUUUUCUUGGACGUUUGCGGGUGUGCUUUGUUGAGCCACCUUAUUUCCAGAUGACAGUAAAACCAAUCUUCAGUCAUGGACUUGAUGUCACAGAACUUCCAGGGAUAGCAGGGUGGCUCGAUAAGCUUCUUGCUGUUGCUUUUGAACAGACACUUGUUGAGCCCAAUAUGGUGGUGGUUGAUGUGGAAAAAUUGGUUUCAGCACCAACAGAAAUGUGGUUCUCAAUGGAUGAGAAAGAUGCCAUUGCUUGCGCUAGAAUUGAAAUUGUGGAAGCAGCAGACAUGAAACCAUCAGAUCCAAAUGGAUUGGCUGAUCCUUAUGUAAAGGGACAGCUUGGCCCUUGCAGAUUCCGAACAAAGACUCAAAAGAAAACCCUCAGUCCUAUAUGGCUAGAAGAAUUCAAAAUCUACAUAUAUACAUGGGAGUCACCUUGUUUACUAAAUCUUGAAGUUCGUGACAAGGACCACUUUGUUGAUGAUACUCUCGGAGACUGUUCUGUAAACAUCAACGACCUAAGGGAUGGGCAAAGGCAUGACAUGUGGCUGCCUCUUAAGAACAUUAAAAUGGGGAGGUUGCAUCUAGCCAUCAGUGUGGUUGAUAUCAAUGUAAAGGGAGAAGGCCGUACGAGUGAUGAGGAAACAUUAAACAAGGACAGACGUGAAGGUUUUGUUGCAACGGAAACUACUCAGAAAGGUUCUGACUCAAAUGAAUCAUCUGAAAAGUCUCCAAAAUUUGCAGAUAAAUUUGAACCAAUCAACAUUGAAGGGCAACAAGAGCCUGGAGUAUGGAUUUGUCACCCAGGGAGUGAUGUGUCACAAACAUGGGAACCUAGAAAAGGUAGUAGACACUUUGAGACCCAAAUACAAUGUGAGGAUAAUUCUUCCAUAGGUGGUGCCAAUUCAGCAGCUGCACAGUUCCAGAAGGAUGAUAGUAGCAGCAGUGAUGGAAACGGAGCAGGAAGUAGACCAAAACCAUUGAAGACAGUUCAACGGGGCCUACGGAAGCUAAAUUUGUUGUUUCACCGGAAUCCUAGAAAGGAUGAGUUCAUCAACACAGAUGAAGUUUUUCAUCUGACACAUGUCAACCCUCCGGCAGUAAAUGAGAAGGGGACCGGUGUCAAACUUAUUGUGGGUGAAAAUUUUCCUAUUCCAGUUACUGUCGAAGAUCGAAGUGCUGAAAAGGGGAGCUUAAGUCCUGAUGGAAGUGGCCCUGAAACCCCAAGGAAGGGAAACAUGAAAGGCAUGGCGAAAAGCAUUCUUAGGCAUGCUGGAAAGUCUGCUCAUGGCCUAAAGGACUCAAUGUCAAGGAAAUUAUCAAAUAAAUCUAAGGGAGAUCCAGAAUCAGUUUUGGCCAAGACUGAUAUCGAAGGAUCUAAUGGGGAAUCAGGCUCAGUGUUGACUGAGAGACACACUAAUCAGGUAUCCGACGACUCUGAUAAGUUGUCUACUACCACUACAAGGGAUUACAGUCACACACCCAAAUUUGAUGGGAUCCCAAUUGAUUCAAACUUCACAUUGGAACAUGGCAGGGAAUCUCUAGAUUUGAAGGACCAAAACGCCCAGGAAGGCCAUGGCGACUCCCCAACAAACUCUGUUCCUGUUUUGGUGGUCUCUCUCAACGAUGUAGAAAAGACAAAUGUUGAUGAGACAAAAUUCUCUGAAAUGCAUGGUGGAAGACUAUACGAAUCCUUGGACCUGAAACCCUCAGAAGCUUACUUUGAAGCAGAGAAAUUAUAGAAUUUUCUUGGUGAUUCCAUGGGACAGGAAAAGAACCUGCUUUGAUACCUUCAUACUCAAAAAGGUUUCUGGGCUAUUACAGGGUUUAUGUCCUCAUUGGUUGCAAUAACCCUGUUUGAGAAUGAAUCCUCCCUGUGAAUGAUGCAAUUGAGCGAUUCCCAAGCACCAUCUGAGGGGACUUUCAUUAUUAACCAUCCUUUCAAUGAAACACUUAGCCUCAACAAACUUCCCAGAAUCAAGUAAACCGAACAAGACUGCUUGAUAUGAUUCAGAAUUGGGGUACCACCCAUUAAGCUUCAUUUUCUCUAUCAGCUCAGUUCCUUCACCCACUGUCCCUUGUUUACAAAAACCUGAUAUCAGUACAUUGAACGAUACUGUAUCAGGAAAGCAACCACUCUACGAGAUAAUGUUUCAACAUGACUAUGUCUUCACAUUAGGCCUGCAACAUUGUUUGGGGAAAUUCAUUGAGCAUUGCGAAGGCAGAAUCCAACUGGUCGCAGUUACAUUAAACCUUUGAUGAGAAUGUUGAAGCAACAUAAUCCAUUGUACCGCCCAAUCUAGGAGCACUUAAGCAGACUUCAUGAAUCAAAUCCAACUGUUUAACUGAAACAAGCAAUUUAGCACGAGAAGGUCCUGAUCUGUCCCAUACUGAAGAGGGCAUUGAUCGCUUUAUGACGUAAAAACAGUAACUGUUGGUUUUAAACGGAUGUGCCUUGCAUCAGGCUAUCCUAUGGAGCUCAUUGCUGGUUCAAUCUAUUGGAGAUUUGAACCAUAGCCUAUGGGCCCACAUACUAGUUCUUUUCUUUGCUUCUUAUGUAAGGAACCCGAACAAGGGAAAAACGAAUUAACAGAGGGGCUGUUUUGGUCGUAUAUGUGGAGAUCUCUGAGGAAGAUGAAGGUCAAGAAUCAAUCCAUGGGUUCAUACUUGUAAAAACUCAUUCAUGGUGUAACUCUUGUUUUCUCUCUCCAUUGAUGUAGGCUGUUUUGCCAAUUCACAUAUAUCAUGUGUCAUUUUCCAUUGCUUUAGUUUUCUU